AUGUGGACGGCAUGCAAUUGCGAUCGCACCGGAUCAGAUGGUGAAGCAUGCGACCUGCACUCGGGCCAGUGUGUCUGCAAGAAGGGAGUAAAUGGCAUCAAAUGCGACCGAUGUCUUCCGAAUCACUAUGGAUUGAACGAGAGCGGCUGCAAAGGCAUGUCGUGUACUCAAAAACAAUGCCAAGCGUGUCCAGCUCCGGGUCAGGUGUGCGACCCCAUCACGGGUGAUUGCGUCUGUCCGCCGAAUACAGUGGGGGAGAUGUGUGAGAACUGCACGGAAAAUGCCUGGGACUAUCAUCCACUGAAAGGAUGCAAGCUGUGUGAUUGUUCGGAUGUCGGCAGUAGCAAUGGAAAAUGUGAUAUGCAUACCGGACAGUGUAAAUGUCGUAACGAAUAUGUUGGGUUGCGGUGUGACCGAUGUACGCAUGGAUUUUUCGGCUUCCCCAAUUGUAAGUCUUGUGAGUGCAAUCCGGCCGGUACGGAUCCCCUCCAGUGCAAAGAUGGCCUCUGUCUUUGUAACGAAGACGGCGAAUGCCCGUGCAAGGUAUUCCUUUCUAUUUCACAGAAAAAUGUGCAAGGUGCUAAGUGCGAUCACUGCAAGGCGGGUACUUUCAGCUUAGAAGCAUCAAAUCGUCUUGGAUGUACCGAGUGUUUCUGUUUCAAUAGGACCAACAUAUGUGAACAAAGCCCGCUUGUUUGGCAACAAACCUAUGGUGAAGAUCGACGAGCGGUUUUUGAGGAGCCAUGGGAAUACUACACAAAGAAGCAUAAUCUGAAUCUGCUCAAGGAACAUCCAACUCGAUACAACAGCUAUCCCACUGAUGUGGUGCCAUUGUACUGGCCCCUACCUAAGUCGAUGCUUGGCGAUAGAACAUCCAGUUACAACGGAUUCCUUCGAUUCAGGAUCUGGAAUGAGGACAAUCGCCGUGGCAUUGAAGGAAUCCGGCCCAACAACCAAUACUUUCGUUAUUUUGCGCAAGUUCGACUGCACGAAUCCGAGUGGCACUCACGGCAAUCUCCCGAAUUGCCGGUGACUAGAAAGCAGAUGAUGAUUGCGUUGCAGAAUCUCCAAGGAAUUUACAUCCGCGGAACCUACAACUAUCCAGGAAGAGGUGAUGCGAUUUCAAUGAGUGAGAUCUCGCUCGACGUCGCCGUACCCGCUGCGUCAGAUCGCCCUGCUUCUAUAGCAAUCGGCGUCGAGCAGUGUUCUGAAUGUCCACAAGGUUUCACCGGUGCAUCGUGCCAAAAUCCUGCUCCAGGAUACUGUAGAAAAAAGCAACGUGACUACCUAAAUUCUCCAGACGAUAUGGCACUAGUUGGUUGGUCGGAACCGUGCGCUUGUCAUGGUCACUCCGUUACUUGCCAUCCGGAAACAUGUGUCUGUACGGACUGCGAACACAACACUUUCGGUGAUCAUUGCGAUCAGUGCAAAAGCGGUUAUAUUGGCGACGCACGUGAAGGCGGUGCUAAAGCGUGCACAAAAUGUGCCUGUCCAUUGGCUGAAAAUUCGUUCAGUGACACCUGCGUUGCGGUCGAUUACGGUAGGGGAUAUGUGUGCAAUGCUUGCAAACCUGGUUACACUGGACAGUACUGUGAGAGCUGCAUGGUCGGUUACUUUGGCCAGCCCUCACUUCCAGACGGCUUCUGCCAGUCCUGUGACUGCCAUCCAGACGGUUCGCGUCAUGGCGCUUGUGAUCCGCUUUCAGGCGAGUGUGAGUGCAAGGAAGGCGUCACCGGUCGAGACUGCAGCGUAUGUCAACCUCGUCACGCCUUCAUCGGUGGAGUAUGCACAUUGAUUUCUGAGUUCAUGAGAGGACUGAGUGAUGAUGGUGAAGUCAGUGGAAUUGUCAAGGAUAACAAAUACGCUAAGGAGGCCUUCGCAGUGGUAGAAGGGGUGGUAGAAUACCUAACCAACAUUCGCAAAGUCGAAACUAAUCGAUACUCGAUUUUUCAGGCUCGUUUUCAAUUGGAUCGAAUGACGAAAAGCCUCACAUCACUGGAACAAUUUACUGCCUUAGCCGAAGAUCUUAUUACAGAUACUCAGCUCACUUACGGCAGUGUUUUCAAUACUGUACAGUUUUUGAAGCAGUUCCAUCUUUAUGGAGGUAAGUCUGUUGGUGGUGCUACACUGAAUGCGUGGGCACUUGAAUCUGAAGCACACUACAAUGCUACUCUGGAUCGUGGAGAAUACAUUGAAAAACGUCUCAAUCGAGCCGAACAAGAGCACAAGAAAAAUCAAGAACUUCUGAAGAGAGUGUUCUCUAACAAACUUAACGAAACAGCAUUUGAAAACAUACUGAAUCGUCUGGAAGAGUUCGACCAGUGGCUCGAGGACUAUAGUUCUAGAGCUACAAUAUACGAUAGUGCUAGACGUGACACAUUGGAGACAAGUCGGAUGAGUAACGUUGUUUCUAAGCGAAUCAACCGAUACAAGGAAGUUAGCAAUGAAAUCGAAAAGCUUCGGGCAGAAGCCGAAGACAACUUAGCGGCGGCUCGGAAUGCUGUCGAGAAUGCGAAAGGAAGAGAGCUUCUAAACCUGUUCGACGACAGCCGUGCCAUAAAUGAGACCUUGAAGGAGGUGACUGAGAUGUCGUCACAAUUUCGUGACCGAGCGUCGAUGUUUGCACAAUUGAUCGACGAAUACGACGAAGUAUUCGUACAAAAAGCAGAUGCACACGCCGAGAAGCUCGAAGAAACUGCGAAAACGCUGAAGGAUUCGUUUAAGGACACAAAGACCGCUGCAGAAAAUCCGAUAAAAGCUUCGCAAGCCUACGAAGAAAUCGCCGGCGCCCUGAUCAAUGCCAGUAGAGCAGCUGACGAAGCAGUGGUGAGUACGUUGGUUGAAAAACUUUUAUUCUUUUUAUGCAUUGUAUUACAGAAAGCUGCCGAAGACGCCUAUGCUGAAGCUGACGGGGAUCCAGAGAACUCGAUGCGGAAACAAGUCGGCGAGUCAAAGAAGAAGAGUCAGGGAAAUGCUGAAGAGGCUGCAAGGCAGAAGGAACAGUGGGAAUUGUCGACUAUGGAGCAAGAGCGUGACAAUUUGGACGAGCGAUUGGUGUUUGUCAACGAACAGAACAUAGACACCAUCAAACGCAAUGAUAACGUCAAAAAUCAGUGGUCUAAAUUUGACGAUCACCACGACCGGACCAUUGGAUUGCAGUCAGUUGCGAGGAAUGCCGAAAAACGAGCUGAAGCUGUUCAGACUGCCACGACUGCUCUCGUUGAAGAGGCGAAAGAUGUCGUUGAACGAACGAACAAGCUACUCAACAGCACUGGUCAAGGAAUUCGAGAAGACAUUGAUAAGGUUCGAAAAUCUCGUCUCGAUCUCGAGAAAAAUUGGCAAGCACUGGAGAAAGUUGAGAAGGUGAUCACUGGCAAUCGAAAUCGAGCCGACGAAAUGCAGAAGCAACUGGCACUGCUAAGGGACAAAAUUAACGAAGCUCGCGAAAAAGCACAACAGAUACGCAUUUCGCUGCGUUCAGACGAGCGCGGUGUUUGUCGGCGCACCUUCACCUCACCUUCUUAUCCCUCACCGUCCAAUUCAUUCUCUAUUCGCUAUCGUCCACUGAGAAACGUUCCAAAUAGUGCAAUUUUUGUCACCAGAACAAAGCCGAGAAGGACACAGCCCAGCGAAUUUAUCGCCAUUGAGAUUCGCGACAAGCGUGUUGUUGCUCACUGGAAUGUUGGCGGUGGUACACGAAUGGCGACUAACAGUCACUCGAUUCUAUUCAUUCCGAACACGGACCGCACCAACUGGUACCACAUAGACGUGGUCCGUAUCGGCAACGCUCUCAACCUCACUGUUGCCCUGAAAGAGACUGUUACUGGAGCGCCUGAUCGUCCACGAACUGAUUCGGUUAGUGUGUUUGUCGGUGAUGAAGAAUGGGAUGGUGAGGUUAUUUUCAACACGAUUCCCGGCCAGACGCAGAUCUCGAUGGGUAUCGAUGAAGCCAGUGCAACCGAAAUGGGUCUCGCGACGAAUAAGUUUCAUGGUACCAUUGGCAGCCUCGUUGUGGACGACGUCUCCGUCCCACUGUGGACUUUCUCGAGUAACUCAAUCGAAUGCGAAGGCGCCACUUCACCCCCACAGCCGACAGUACGAGGCUAUAUGUUCCGAGAUGGGUUUGCGCAAGUCGAACUGGCAACCUUCGAGCGCACCGUGUCAUCGUUCACAGUCGUUUUUAACACGUACUCUCCUAAUGGACUUCUUUAUUUCCGUGGCUCAGAAACAAGCGGUGACUUUGUCACGUUGUAUCUAAAAGACGGACACGUCGUUUUCAAGAUUUACUGCUUUCUUCUUUCCUGUUUGCUUGUGUUUGUUCGCAUGUGUACCACUUUUCUAUUGAAUGGUUUUGAUUGCUUUCAGAUCAACCUUGGAGGUUCAUCGCAUGCUCAGCUCAUUUCUAAAGGAACCUAUAUCGAUGGUCGUGAGCACACUGUAAAGGCGAUACGAAGCGGCGGUGAGAUUCAUCUCCAGGUAGGGCAAUCUGUUAUGGUUAGAGCAAUGAAACAUAAAAAAUCCAUGGUGUACUACACUGUGGUCAAUUGUGAAAUAGACUGCUUAGUGGAGACUCAGUGGAAUCUCGCUCCUUUCUUGUAUCAAGUUGACAGUGAUGCUGAUCGAUUCUCGACCACUAUAUCCGGAGAACAUACAGCACUUAACGUAGAGACGGAUCUCCACUACGUUGCCGGCGUACCCGCAUCAUUGAAAACCGAGAGAUUCAGUCCUGAUAUACAGUGGAAGGGAUUCUUUGGAUGUAUUCUGAGGGUGAAGCCGUCGCAGAUCGAGAUCGUCGUUUCGGUUAUUUUCAGGGUUAUCUUGCCUUCUAUUUGUUCCGAGGCUAUCUUGUUCUUCAUCUUGGAAAGUCAAAGAUUGAAAAUCAAUCUUGAGGAUUUAAACUUCCAAGUAAUGAGAGCAAUUUUCGAAUUCGAUGUCGAUUUUCAGGAUGCGUCAUCUCGCAAAGACGUUGUCACCAUCCGGUCGGGUCACAUGUACAACGACGGACAACUUCAUUCAGUGUUCAUGAGUCGGAAAGGGAAAACGUAA